CCCCUCUUCAGCCUGGGACUUGGCGGUGGGGCCCGGCUGGGAAUAUGGCCCUGGAAAAGCUCUGCUCCAUCCUCAAAGUGUUGUUAAUAACAGUACUUGUAGUGGAAGGCAUUGCUGUGGCCCAGAAGACCCAAGAUGGACAGAAUAUUGGAAUUAAACAUAUUCCAGCUACUCAAUGUGGAAUUUGGGUUCGAACCAGCAAUGGGGGUCAUUUUGCUUCUCCAAAUUAUCCUGAAUCAUACCCACCAAACAAGGAAUGCAUCUACAUUUUGGAAGCUGCUCCACGUCAAAGAAUAGAACUGACCUUUGAUGAACAUUAUUAUAUAGAGCCUUCAUUUGAGUGUCGAUUUGAUCACUUGGAAAUUCGAGAUGGACCAUUUGGUUUCUCUCCACUCAUAGAUCGUUAUUGUGGUGUAAAAAGCCCUUCAUUAAUUAGAUCAACAGGGAGAUUUAUGUGGAUUAAGUUUAGUUCUGAUGAAGAACUAGAAGGACUGGGAUUUCGAGCAAAAUACUCUUUUAUUCCAGAUCCAGACUUUACUUAUCUAGGAGACUGCCAAUUUGAACUCUCUGGAGCUGAUGGAAUAGUACGCUCUAGUCAGGUAGAGCAGGAAGACAAAACAAAGCCUGGACAAGCAGUUGACUGCAUAUGGACAAUUAAAGCUACUCCAAAAGCCAAGAUUUAUCUAAGAUUCCUAGACUACCAAAUGGAACAUUCAAAUGAAUGCAAGAGAAACUUUGUGGCAGUGUAUGACGGAAGCAGUUCAAUUGAAAACCUGAAGGCCAAAUUUUGCAGCACGGUAGCCAAUGAUGUAAUGCUUCAAACGGGAAUUGGAGUGAUUCGAAUGUGGGCUGAUGAAGGUAGUCGGCUUAGCAGGUUCAGAAUGCUAUUUACAUCAUUUGUGGAUCCUCCCUGCACAGGCAGCACUUUCUUUUGCCAUAGUAAUAUGUGCAUCAAUAAUUCUCUGGUCUGCAACGGUGUUCAAAAUUGUGCAUACCCUUGGGAUGAAAAUCAUUGUAAAGAGAAGAAAAAAGCAGGUCUAUUUGAACAGAUCACCAAAACACAUGGAACAAUCAUUGGCAUUACAUCAGGGAUUGUCUUGGUCCUUCUCAUUAUUUCUAUUUUAGUUCAAGUCAAACAACCUCGAAAAAAGGUCAUGGCUUGCAAAACUGCUUUUAACAAAACUGGAUUCCAAGAAGUGUUUGAUCCUCCUCAUUAUGAACUGUUUUCCUUAAGAGACAAAGAGAUUUCUGCAGAUUUGGCUGACUUAUCGGAAGAACUGGAGAACUACCAGAAAAUGCGCCGCUCUUCCACUGCUUCCCGUUGCAUUCACGAUCAUCAUUGUGGCUCCCAAGCUUCCAAUGUAAAACAAAGCAGGACCAACCUCAGUUCCAUGGAACUUCCUUUCCGUAACGAUUUUGCACAACCUCAGCCAAUGAAGACAUUCAAUAGCACCUUCAAAAAAAGCAGUUACACUUUCAAACAGUCACAUGAGUGUUCUGAACAGGCCAUAGAAGACAGAGUGAUGGAGGAGAUUCCCUGUGAAAUUUAUGUGAGAGGACGAGAGGAUUCUGCACAAGGGUCGAUGUCCAUUGACUUCUAAUCGCCUAGAGGCAAAGUUGAUACACUCGUAUGUAUAUAUGCAGCAUACACAGCACACACACUGCACAUAGGUAUGUUUUUAAGCUUUUCUGCAAUCGACUCCCUCAAAUUAGAAACAUCGUCAUUUGUCAUUAAUUAUUAUAAUGUUGGAGGUUUUAUUCCCUUGUGCUCCCUCUCUGACAUCAGUCAAAUCAGUUGGUAAACUCAAGAAGUUCAUUGGAGGUGGGGGGAAAUGGUCAUCUGUUGCUUGGUGUCAUGUAAACAAUCAGUUAAAUGACUGACUUCACUUUUUAACUGGUUGUUCUGAUGUCUUGUAAACAUAAGCUUAAGCUAGCUGUUGAGUUUUACCAACAUAAUUAAAGGCAUGCACAGGAACAGUGACACUGACUUUUAAAAUCUAUAGAAACACCAAGUUUUGAUCAUCAAAUAAGUUUAAAAAUAAGGUUUCCAUCAUGUUUUCACAUUCCUUCUGUUUUUCUUUCCACUAAGUAUUUUUUGAGUCAAUGGUUUUAACAUUCCAGUUACAUAAAAGUAAUUAUUUCACUGCAUAUACUUUGAUAUGGGCAUUUGUUAUUGAAUUUGUCAAAUUAAAACUAGAGUUACUGUGGUUCAGUGCCAAUUAUGACCCAGAGUUAUGUUGCAUCCAUCUGUUUCUUCUGAACUAAUUUCUAUACGGUUGCCUUUUAAUUACUGGUUCCCUUAGCCUGUGUUUUCUGUGAGAAGUAGGUGAAUGGUUUGUUGCCUUUUAAGAGUAUUUUAUCUUAGUUACAUUAUUAUAAUAGAAUAUUUUAGAACCUUGAGAUAUAUGAGCCUUUGCAAAUUAUGUGUAGAAACUCUGAAAUUAAGCAGGUCUUUGAAAUUCUCAACACUGAAUCACAUCCAAUGUUUGGCCACCAAUGGACAGCUCAUUAAUUUUGGUGAAGGGAACAUUAUUUAAUUCACUAUUGUGGUAUUUAUAGCUUAUGAAUGUUUUUAAUUCUCCACGUCUGUGCUCUUCAUUUUUUUUAAAAAGGUAGCUUUGUUUCCAUACAUUGUGAUUUCUCUUGUAGUAUAUAAUAAACCCAAUGCUUCUCUCCUGAGACAGUCACAUUUUUUUCUAGAGUGGAUAAAGAAUUACAACCUUCAAUUUUCUUUUUAACUUUACUUUUGGCAUUUCAUUGUUUUUUUAUGGUAUAUAAAAUAAUUUGUAAACAUGAUUAAAAAACUUUCAUUGUGCUUUUUUUAGACUUUUGAUAUAAUUUGAUACUGUACAAACUUUAUUAAAUCAAGAUUAAAGAC